UGACAAGACAGCAUCUGGGCCUCUGCAGUUUCUCUCCUGGUCUUCUUCGAUUGUUCUGGCCUGUCCUCAUUGCUUCUGUAGCUUUCGUGGCUCUGGAUGGCUAGUGAAGAGGGAUGUUCAGUCUAAUGGCCAAUUGCUGCAGCUGGUUAAAACGGUGGCAGGAACCUAUCAGGAAGGUGACACUCAUAAUGGUGGGUCUUGAUAAUGCUGGUAAAACUGCUACAGUCCGAGGAAUUCAAGGAGAGUCUCCUGAAGACGUGGCUCCAACAGUUGGGUUUUCCAAGAUUGACCUUAAACAGGGACGCUUUGAAGUCACCAUCUUUGAUUUAGGAGGUGGAAAACGAAUUCGAAAUAUCUGGAGAAAUUACUAUGCAGAGUCCUAUGGUGUAAUAUUUGUUGUGGAUUCCAGUGACAUUGCAAGAAUGGAAGAAACGAAGCAAGCCAUGAUAGAGGUUUUAAACAGCCCUAAGAUAUCAGGAAAACCCGUGUUAGUGCUGGCAAAUAAGCAGGACAGAGAAGGAGCUCUGUCAGAAGCAGACGUAAUUGAAUCCUUAUCUCUGGAAAAGCUUGUCAAUGAACACAAGUGUCUAUGUCAAAUUGAACCUUGCUCAGCUGUCAUGGGCUGUGGGAAAAAAAUUGAUAAGUCAAUAAAAAAGGGACUAUUUUGGCUUCUCCAUAUCAUAGCAAAAGAUUUUGAUGCCUUAAAUGAGCGCAUCCAAAGAGACACUACAGAACAAAAAGCAUAUGAAGAACAAAAGAAGCUAGAACGAGCUGAGCGAGUGAGAAGGAUACGAGAAGAAAGGGAAAGACCCUUCCAGCCUAUAUCUGCUGUGAUCUCUGAGAAUGAAAAACAAAUUGAAAAGGAAAAGAAGCGGCAAAAGUUGGAGACUGAAAAGGCUACAAUUGUCUUGAAAUCACAAACAGAGCAAGAACAAAUGGAUGCCCCACACUUCUCAUGUAGCAGUAGCCAAAAUACAAAUGAUAGUAGACUAGAAACAUGCAAUUCUACAACUACUCAGCUUUUGCAGCAUGAAGAGCAUGAGCAGCAAGCCUCAGAAUGCCUUGACUCAGAUAACAGUAAGAAAAAAAGUAAAAAACCAAAAUUAAAAAGGGGCCACAGAGUAGAACCUGUUAAUGCAGAAGAUGCUGUUCCCAAAAAUCCUACGCCACCACCAGCGCUUCCACCAGUUGGCUGGGGAACUCCCAAACUUAAUAGACUUCGAAAACUUGAGCCUCUUGGUGACACACAUCAUGCUGAUUUCUAUGGAAAGCCUCUGCCCCCGCUGACUACACGCCAAAGACCCAACAGUGAUACCCAUGAUGUCAUAGCUUAA